UCAUAGUGAAAAGGGAGAGAGAAGCCUUAAGAAGGAUUUUUCCAUUCUCAUGUCUUACUACUUUUCUAAGUUUCCAGAUGGAUACAAGGCGAAAGAUAUGUGGAAUCACUACAAAAAAUAUGUUGACUUACGACACAUGCAUUCUGGCAGUUUAGAAGAACCGCCGCCGCUAUGUUAAUAUUUGAAACCUUGCGGCCGUUCAAAAGCAACCGUCGAGAAGUCGACAAACCCGCGCUGUUUCACUUCUUCCCUCUUUUUUCAGAAUUUCUUCAAUCCCACAACCUUCGAGCUUCAAUCUCUAAAUCAGAUUCGUUUUCAAGCUUCUUCAAUCCCUAAACCCUAAAAAAAUCUGCGAUAUUCUUACUCAUUAGCUUCAAUCCUAAAUCUGUGAUUCUCACUCACAAGCUCCAAUCCCUAAAUCUCUCAAGCUACGUUCAGGUUCAACAUUCAGGCUUCGUUCGAAUCCCUAAAUCACUCAACCUCUCAAGCUUCGUUGAACCUCUCAAGCUUCGCUGAACCUUCAAUCUUCAUUCAACUUCGUUCAGCAUCGUUCAACAUUCAAAUUCAUAUUCAAUCUUCAAAAUCCAGGUUCAAUUUUACUUCAGAUUCAAUAUUCCUUGAAAUUGAGGUUCACUUGAAUAUAUUAUUUGCUUAAUUUUGCUUCAGAUUCAAUAUUGCUUAAUUUUGCUUCAGGUUCACUUGAAGCCCCUUUACAUAGCUCAUUGUAUGAAUAAUUAAGCUUCAGAUUUUUAAAGUCAAUUGAGGUGUUUAACCUUCUGAUAUGUGGUUUAUUUAGCUUGUCAUUACUUUGUAAUUUUGAAGGAUGUGAUUUAGAAUAAGUUGAGAUCAGUAUGGUAGCUUUAUUGUUGAAAGCUCAUAGCAAUGCCAUCUUUGAUAACACUCUAAUAAGGCUCUGUUUGGCGAAUUUUUUUGGAAUGUUAGGCUCUAGUGUAACACAGGGUUUUAUGUACCUAUGACAUUCACAUUUUGGUUAAUUGAUGAAUAUUAGGGUUGUAAUUUGCAUCUAAUUAAUUUUUGUUUCAAGCAGGGAAUUAAUUGUGCUAUGAUUAUGUCACCUAUCCAUAUAGUUAACACUUGUAUUUCCUGGUGGCUGGUGCUGUUAUUCUUUACAUUUCAUUAUUACAUCCUUGUUGUCUGAGAUUUUGUCACCAGGACUUGUUUUAAAGCCUAGCUUUCAUUGAUUUUUUCUGUUCCUAGUCUCACUUGGUGGGACAAUUUGCCAGAUUCUAUUAAGAAUGAUUUUCAUCCUAAUAGAUUAGGUUUGCCUAUGUAUUGUUUCUGUUAAUUGUUAUUGAAUUCUGUUGAUUUGGGUUAUGGAUUCAGUUCUUGCAAAUGUAGGUAAGACUAUUAAACUUAUAAUAAUGUUAAUCAUUCCCUGGAACUUGCCAUGACUUUACACCACUAGAUGGUUCAUUAGAAGAAAAUUUAAUGGGAACUUUACUACACUAAGUUGUAAAUUUAGGAAUCACAAUGUAAUGGUUAGAAAAUAGGACUGUCAUAUACCCUUUUUGCCCUUAUCUUUCAUUCUUAAAGGAGACGACGACGUGAUUGGCUUUUGUUCUUAAAGGAGACGACGACAUGAUUGGCUUUUGUUCAUGCUUUCAUUUACCCUUUUUGCCCUUAUCUUUCAUUUGUUUCCACUAUAUAUGCGCUUGCUUCUGGUUCAUCUUCCCAUUCAUCGUUUGUGCUCUCCUUCUUGUUCUAUUCUGAUUUGGUUUCAUUUUUUGUCCUGGUUAGGGUUGCAAGAAUUUGGGAAGUUACUGGUUAUCUCAGAGCCGAGAAGAUAAACUCUGUUGAUGCCAAGAUUUUGAUUUUGAUUCUGUAUUUCAUUUCAAGGGUUGAAGUAAGAUGAUUUCAGAGAAAGUUUUGAUUGAAAAGUUGUAAAUUUAUUGGAAUUUGGCUUCUUUGUGGAGUGAUCAUGGUUAAUUUGGUGGGCAUAUGAUGUUAUUGAUGGUGUUUUGUGAUUAUAUAGAGAACUGUAUAAAGGUUUUGGCUUUUAAGAACAAGAAACUACUAUCCAUUCUCAGUUUUGAAGUUGAUGCUGCGAGGAAGGUACCUAAGGUAUUGCUGCGAGAUCCAACAGAUGAACACGUGGUUCCUGUUGUUGAGGAACUGCAGAGGCGAUUGCCUAAACUGAGUGACAUCCGUCAACAACAAGGAGAUGGUAAAGAGUAUUUUGGUGGUCAACAGGAUGCUGAAGCUGCUGAAGAUGAGUCACCGUUUGAGUUUCAUGCCUUGGAGGUGGUUUUAGAAACCAUUUGUAGUUAUCUUGUUGCACGUACAACUGAGUUGGAGAUGGUUGCUUAUCCUGCCUUAUAUGAACUUACCUCCAAGAUUAGUAGUCGUAAUUUGGACAGAGUUCGUAAACUGAAGAGUGCAAUGACAAGGCUGACAGCUCGGGUUCAAAAGUGAAUUGUUUUACACAAGUAUGGAUGAGGCUGUGAUUCCAGCAAAGAAGAAUAUUAGAGGAAAGUGUUUUGACUUUGUAUGCUCUCAGAAUGUUGUAGAUGAAAGGAUGCUUGAAGUUAGAUAGCACAACACCAUUUUUAGCUAUAGGAAGUUGCACGCGAAUCUUACAAAAUUUAACUGCAUGGAGAAACUGGGAACUAGGGAGAAUGGAGCAUGUAGAACAAAUCAUAAGGAGUCUGGAGGAAAGUUGGGGCUUAGAGCAAGGGACACGAAAGAUGGUUGUAGCUUUGUUCAAGUUGUUAGAGGCCAGGAGAACGAGAAGGUAACUGAUUAGGGUCAUGGGAAGAAUGUGUGUGUGUGUGUGGGGGGGUGGUGAAGGCAAUGGCUGAGAAAAAUAUUGACUGGGAAAAGGUUAGAGGCGAUAAAAGUGAGUAGUCGAAAUAUUCAAAAUAUUUUGCAUACACAAGUUAACUUUUCUAUAAAGCAACGUCUUUGGGGUCAAAUCUAGUUCUAUUUGAAUCUUUGGAUGAAGGGGAAGUCCAAGCUUUAGUCAAGGGGGCUAAUGACUGGUUAUCACAAUGGUUCGCUGAAAUUAGAAGUUUGAGUCCUAACGAUGUUGACAAUGAAAGAUUGACAUGGAUACGGUGUACCGCCACAUGCUUGGUCGAUCGAUUUCUUCAAUUUUAACAAUGGAUGAAGCAAGGGUUCUAAUAAGGACAUGGAGUGGUUAACCGUUCCCUUAAUGUUAACCUCAAUGGUGAUAGAAAAUAUGCCCCGUAAUAAGAAAAUAGGGCUUUGAACUGUUUCGACCACCAAUUUCUAUUUAUGGGUGGCAUGUUUCUAGCACAAAUCAUGUUGGAACUGUUUCGAGUUUCGACUCUAAAAUUAGAAUCAAACAUACACUUAAUUAGUUAGAGACAAAAAGAUGCAAGUGUGGGUACUACAAGUAAAAUCAUUUAUAUCAUGUCUUUAAAUAUUGGUUCACUACCUUCUACAACUAGAUUACACACAUAAAGAAGAUGUAGGAAAUUUCAAACAGCUAAUU